AUGUCUCCUGAUAGGAUUGUUAUUUCCUCUAAUGAAAUGGAAUUUCUAACCUUAAGGAUGUUAUUUCUUUUGGUGGAACUAUUGAAUACCUAUGAGCGAACAUGCAUUGAGAAAUGGUUUGCUGCGGGGCAUCUAACGUGUCCAAAGACAAAACAGAAACUUUCCAGUGCUGCCUUGACACCCAACUUUGUCUUGAGUAACCUCAUAGAUCGAUGGUGCGAGGCCAAUGGGAAAGAACCACGUGCCAGGAUUGAUAUUCUUGUUAACAAACUGAAUUUUGGCAACCAUGAGGAUGUGCAAUCAGCUGCAGGUGUGCUGCGCCUUAUUGCCAAGCACAAUACUGAGAACUGUGUGCGCAUUGCUGAGGCUGGUGGCAUUCCCUAUCUUGCUAGCAGCCUCUACAAUUCUAACCUACUCACUCAGAAGGAUGCCGUUGCUGCUCUUCUCAGCCUUUCCAUUUCUGAGGAUAGCAGAGGGAGCAUCGUAACUUCUAUGGUUGAUUCUAUUGUACAUGUGCUCGGGCAAGGGAGCAUGGAGGCACGUGAAGAUGCAGCAGCCAUACUAUUCAGACUUUCUGAUGAGAAUGAUGAAAACAAGGUGACAAUUGGUAAAACAGGGGCAAUAGAAGAACUUGUGACACUGCUUAGUGAAGGCAGCCAAAGGGGAAAAAAGGAAGGAGCAAUAGCCCUCCUCAACCUGUUCAAACUCCAAGAGAACCAGGCAUGGGCAGUGCUGGCUGGAGUAGUGCCCACACUAAAGAGACUGCUGACCGAACUUGAACGUGGAAUUGUAGAUUUUGCACUGUGCAUCGUAGUUACACUGGCAAGCCACUCUGAGUGGAAGGAAGCAAUAGAAGCCGCAGAUGCAUUACCUGUCAUGGUUGAGGUGAUAGAGAGGGGUCAAAUUGUAGUUAAAAUGGUAAAAAGACAAAAAGAUAUAAUCACAAUAGGUUGA